CCCAGUGCCCUGGGAAGCAGCAGCUGCCACUCAGACAGACAGCCUCCACAACUAAGGAUAUAAGAGCGCAGCACCAGGACAGCAGCCUCCCGACCCCUCCCCCAACUGUUUUCUUGGAGCGUAAACCUUUCCCGGUUUAGCUUCACAAGAUGGACUUGAGGGUGACAAGCGUUCUCCUCGUCCUCCUAGCUCUGGCUGAGGCGACCCCUGAUAGGUACUACCACAAAGUGAGCAAGACUCCCUACCCCGUCAAGAGUCAUGCAGUUGCAGGUCAGGACGGACCUCCAGGUCCUCCAGGUGAGCCAGGGCCAAUGGGACCACCUGGACCUCCUGGAAAGAGUGGUGUAGGACAUGCUGGAGCACCUGGCCCACCAGGCCCUCCCGGACCAGCUGGCUACUCUCAAGCAGGUAAACCUGGUACUCCAGGAGCCCCUGGAAAACCAGGUGCCCCUGGUAUCCCAGGUGAAAGAGGUGCAACUGGUGCAACUGGGGCAAUGGGUCCGAGAGGUGCACCUGGUGCACAUGGAGCACCUGGACCUGCUGGACUUACUUCUGUUGGAAAACCCGGAGCAGCUGGUCACCCUGGGGCAAUGGGACCAAGAGGAGAGCCUGGUUUGAAGGGACAUCCUGGUAUUCCUGGUAUUCCCGGCAUGAAAGGAGAGAAAGGUAUUGGAGUACCUGGUAUUCAAGGACCAUCAGGCCCAGUUGGACCAAUGGGCCCAUCUGGUAUGCCUGGCAAACCUGGAAUUGGUAAACCUGGUGCCACUGGCUAUCCUGGAGAACCUGGAAAGAGUGGCAUGCCAGGAAGAGAUGGCAGUCCUGGGCCUAUGGGUAUGCAAGGGCCCAAGGGUCACACAGGGGCUCCAGGCACAGGAGCACCAGGAAAACCAGGCCAGAAUGGUACACCAGGUAUGCCUGGACCUGUGGGGGCUAAAGGUCCACAGGGUCCUGCUGGUCAGCCAGGCGCCCCUGGCAUGCCAGGUGUUGGCAAAACAGGUGAACCAGGAAUACCAGGUAGCAGAGGAUCCCCCGGUACAUCAGGAACCACUGGUCAGAAAGGAGAGCCAGGCCCAACUGGUUUUACUGGUCAUCCAGGUGCUCCUGGUCCUAUUGGCCCAGCUGGUCCACAGGGUGCAAGAGGAUUCCAGGGGGAGGUAGGCCCAACAGGACCCAAAGGUGACAUUGGUAUGGUUGGUGCACCAGGCCCAAGGGGAACCAAAGGUGAGCAGGGAGCUCAGGGUUUCACAGGAAAAUCAGGUACCCCUGGGGCAGUAGGUCCAGCAGGACUUCCAGGUCAUCAUGGUCCUCAGGGAGAGAAGGGUGCACAAGGCCAUACAGGUGCCCCAGGAAUUCCAGGUGCAAAUGGCGGCCCAGGACCUAAAGGACACGCAGGCAUGCCAGGAGCACCAGGAAAAAGCGGUGAGAUGGGAAGGCCAGGACCCAUGGGACAAGCUGGUCCCUCUGGUCCAGCAGGCCCCCAAGGAUUCAAGGGCCACCCAGGUCUUCCAGGCCCACCUGGCCCAGCUGGCAUGACAGCUAAGGGAGUGACUGGUCCUCACGGUCCACCUGGAAUUCCUGGUGCCAGAGGUCAAGAUGGUCUCCCAGGUCCUGCUGGUCCUCCAGGUCCACCUGGCCCACCCGGGGAGGUGAUUUACCACCAUGAGAAGAGCAUGCCAAUCAAGUCCCAUGAGGUUGUGAUGCCUCAUGAGAUGAUGAAGGCCCCCAUGUCUGCCUUCAGUGCUGUGCUGACCACUGCCUACCCUCCAGCUGGAACCCCUAUUAAUUUCAACCAGGUUCUGUACAAUGGUGAGCACCAUUAUGAUGCCCAUAGUGGUGUGUUCACCUGCCAGAUCCCAGGCCUCUACUAUUUCAGCUAUCAUAUGCAUGUCAAUGGUGCCAAUGCACUGGUGGCCCUUUACAGAAAUGAGGAGCCAGUUGUUUUCACCUAUGAUGAAUACAACAAGGGCUUCCUGGAUCAGAUGUCAGGCAGCGCUGUUCUUAUGCUGCAUGCUGGUGACAGAGUCUAUGUCCAGGUCCCUGAUGAGGAGAGUAAUGGUAUAUUUGCAGCAGAUAAUGUUCACUGCAUUUUCUCUGGGUUCUUGAUUGCCUCAACGUGAUUUCACAAAUCCAAAUAAACCUCAAAACCUUACAAAACAGUAAACUACUAGAUCAGUUUACAGAAAUCCAAACUGAGAUUGUCGAUUAAAAAAAAUCUGGGUGUAAUUUAACUGCCUCAUUUAAAUCUUUGCAGUAACAAAAAAGUCAAUUUGCAAACAAAUUACUUGCAGAGGUAUAACUGCAUAGAAUGUUUGUUUGUUUUUUUUUAAAUAUGGUUCAAAUUAAUGUCUUUCCCCAGUUCACCAUGUCUGUGCCUUUGCAACUUUAAGAAACAUGAAACAAUAUUGGAAAAUAUCAUAAGUGGUGCUUUACAACUGCCUGUAACAUUUACAGCAUGUCUUUUAUUUGUAUUUGUUUUUAUUAAUGUCUGUUGUUGAAGAAUUUUCCUGUAAUAUACAUACAAAAGACACGCAAAACUGUUGAACUAUACGUUAUUAGAGAUCAGCACAUUCUCAUAAGCACUGUGAUCAGCAAAACAACACAGAAUGAGAAACUCAAACCGCAUUUUUUUUUUAAAACAACUAUGUCCCAUUGGAUGUGUUAAGUUAUGUACCACUUACUGACCAAAACACACAAUAAAAGUUCUAGUCUGAAAAAGAAAAA